AUGAAAGCCGGCUCUUUAAACAAAAGUGAGAUCACCAUCUCGGAAUACAUCUUUCACCGUAUUCUACAACUUGGCAUUAAAUCGGUUUUCGGGGUUCCUGGGGAUUUCAACUUGAGGUUUCUAGAACAUAUAUACGAUGUUAAGGAGUUGAACUGGAUUGGCUGUUGCAAUGAACUGAAUGCUGCAUACGCAGCGGAUGCGUACGGUAAAACCUCAGGAAAAAUGGGUGUGUUGCUAACCACAUACGGUGUGGGCGAACUUAGUGCGCUUAACGGUGUGGCCGGCGCAUACACUGAGUUUGCGCCAAUGUUGCAUCUCGUUGGUACGAGUGCAUUGAAAUUCAAGAGGGAUCCAAGGACCUUGAAUCUCCACCAUCUUGCGGGUCAUAGACACACUUGGAAAAAAAGUGACCAUUAUGUGUAUGAAAAGGUUGCAGAAAAUUUCAGCGUCGAUUCUGCAUCCUUAGAGGAUGAUCCUGAAGAAGCAUGCGAGAUGGUAGAUAGAGUAAUUUUGAGUGUUUGGAGAAACAGCAGACCGGGAUAUAUUUUCCUGCCUUGCGACAUGGCAGAGAUGAAGGUUGAUGUUGCGAGAUUGUCGAUUCCGAUCAAGUUGGAAUAUGAAUUCAACACACAUGCUGAUAAAGCCAAUGUUUAUGUUGAGAAAAUUCUAGCCAUGAUGUACAAGUCCAAGAACAUGUCUAUCAUUGCAGAUGAGUUUAUUAGAAAAUUCAGAAUGGAGGACGAAAUGCAUGCCAUGUUGAAGAAACUCGAUGGCAAGGUGAAUUUGUACUCUACAAUGUUCUCCAAGGGUCUUGUUGAUGAGGAGGACCCAAGAUUUGUUGGUACCUAUUUCGGUAAAUAUGAAAGUCCUGUUGCUAAAAUCAUUGAAAGUUCCGAUUUAGUUCUACAUUUGGGGAAAUUUGACAAUGAAAUGAACUGUGGGCAUUUUACCUUCAACCUUGACCAAGACAAACUGGUUGAGUUCAAUCCACAGUACAUGCAAAUCGGCAAAGAGUUUGAUGAGACUGUCAAUAUGAUGCAGAUCCUUCCUUUGUUGGUUGAAAAGUUGGAUGGACAAAAGAUCUCCCCAGCAGUCAAGUACGAGAGACCAAAAAAGCUGUAUGAAUUGGAUGAAGCACCAAGAGAAUACUCACUUACGGAAGUUGACCUGGUCAAGUCACUGAAUAAGAAUAUCAGACCGAAUGAUGUUUUGAUUGUUGAGACAUGCUCUUUCUUGUUCGCUGUCCCCGACAUCAAAUUUCGCAAUGCUAAAGUGAUCCUUCAAGGUUAUUGGGCGUCUAUAGGUUACGCGUUGCCUGCUACUCUGGGCGCCUCCCUUGCCUUGAGCGAUUUCAACCUCCCCGGUAGAGUUAUAACUAUUGAAGGGGAUGGCUCUGCGCAAAUGAGCUUGCAAGAAUUGUCUUCGAUGCUCAGAUACAACAUUGAUGCGACGAUGCUCAUAUUGAACAAUUCGGGCUAUACCAUUGAAAGAGCAAUAACUGGACCUUACAGCUCUUACAAUGAUAUCAACGCCGACUGGCAAUGGGGCGACAUGCUUAAGUGUUUUGGGGACCUGAAGCAAGAAAAGUCAGAAACAUUCAAAGUUCAAAACCCUGCUGAACUCGACAAGUCCCUUGGUUCCGAAAACUACGCCAACGGCAAGUUUAAGUUGCUGGAGCUCAUUCUUCCUAUGUUUGACGUUCCUGAGAAGCUCACAAAUGCCGUGUCUUCGUCCUCCUAG